UAUAACCCUGCAUCGUCCAUCCGCUGCUAGUUAAUUCCGUGUCAGCUCCGCAGUAAGGAGCUAUUUUCAAUAGUGGGGCUGGCUGAAUCGCUACUUUCUCUGCAGUUUUCCUCAUCUUUCUACAUCCAACCAGCUGCUGCAAACUCCCCACGGCGACGGGAGGUAAGAGAGGUGUUCUGCGAUGGGACAAUCGAAUGCUAGAGGUCCAGCCAAGCUGAACUCCGCUGAGCCAUGCGACAGUGGUGUGUCCCCGCUGCGACCCCUCGCACUGAACCACUCCCGGGGCGCCUGUCUGUAUCACCCCCUCCAUCAGAUACCAGAAUGGACUGCUGUGAGGUGGAGCCACGCUACACUAUUGAACAAAUAGACCUUCUUCAGCGCCUCCGUCUCUCCGGCAUGACCAAACCUCAGAUCAUUCAUGCAUUAGAGUCCCUGGAGAGGCUCGAUCCAGACCACCGGCCGCCACAUUGUGAUUCUCAACCUGCCCCAUCCAACAACACCCCCACCACAGCAGCCCCAGCACCGUCUUCAUCUUCCUCCUCUUCCUCCUCGCUCUCUCUUGCCUCAGCUACCACACAGACCUCUGGCCUGGAUGGGGCUGCUUUGUCCCCCAGCAAUAGCUACGAGGCCUCACCUCCACCCCUCUAUACUCCCUCUGUGGUGGCUCAGCGAUCAUUCAGCUAUGACAUGAUGGGAGAAGAGGAGUGGGACCUGGAGGAGAAAGUUGAGGAGUACAUGAGGAGAGACAGCAACCUUGUGAAAGAAGAGAUCAAGACUUUCCUCAACAAUCGCAGGAUCUCUCAGGCAAUUGUAGGCCAAGUUACAGGCAUCAGCCAGAGUUACAUCUCCCAGUGGUUGCUGCAGCAAGGACUUGAGAUGAGUGAUUCCAAACGCAGAGCUUUCUACCGCUGGUAUCUGCUGGAGAAAAAUAACCCAGGGCUGAGGUGGAGUGAAAGCCAGCACAGCGUGGGUUCCAUGCCCAGGGCCAGGGGAGGGGACAGAGACGGGACGGUAGCAGGGGCAAGUGGCAGUCUCCCCAACAUCCUCCCUAACCCCAACACCAACCUCAACCCCAACCCAGUGUGGAGCAGGCAGAGAGAGUUGCUGAUGCAUUUGCUGCCGUGGUAUGCUGCCGCAGCCGCCCAGGCCCAGCCAGGGGCCACUCUGUCAAUGCGUUCCUUAGUAAAGGAGGAACCUGACUGGAGGACAGGAAUUAUGGCUGGGGACAGAGCAGGGAUGGUGGGUGGCCCGCUGAGGCUGCGUAGAGGAAGUAGGUUCACCUGGAGGAAGGAGUGCCAAUCGAUCAUGGAGAGUUUCUUCAUGGAGAACCAGUACCCAGACGAAGCGAAGCGUGAAGAGAUUGCCAACACCUGUAACUCAGUCAUUCAGAAACCAGGAUGUAAGCUGUCUGAGUUUGAGCGUGUGACGGCAUUAAAGGUUUACAACUGGUUUGCAAACCGUCGGAAGGAGAUGAAGAGAAGAGCCAAUAUCGUAUGUUAUCAUGCACAAUCAGAAGCUGCCAUUUUGGAAAGCCAUGGAAUUGAGGUACCAAGUCCAAGCUGCCACUCUAACGGUGAGGAGGGAGAGAUGCAGGAGUUUGCUGACCAGGUGAAUCAUCAAUUUCCAGAGCAGGAAGAAACUUCUUCCCUGAAGAUUGUUGAACAAGACACCUCCACAAUGGCUACUUCAGAGGUUGCAGCCUUGCCAAGCCCAAUCCCUCAGGUUGUGGAUCACAAAGAAGAGGAUUCAAAAAGGGAGACUGUGGAUGAAGAGUGACCAAAGCUGGUGGAGGUUGAAUCAUCAUAAUUGAAUUUAUUUGGAUGAAAUAGGAAAACGGCAAACAUCGCCUCCUUAACCCCAGUAGGGUUUGGUGCCUAAAGCACUCAAAAUUCAAAGGGAGAAAGGUGCUGAAGCUUGCUGGAGUGCCUCUGAUGGGAGGGGGCAACUGUAUUUAUCAACAGUAAUCCUGCUUAUAUUAACGGCUAUAUACAUUAUAUAUAUCAAUAUAUAGUGCAUUCCAAGAUGCUAUUAAAACCUAAAUUUUAAAGGGGGAGAAAUAUAUCAAAGAUACCUCACCCAUUUUAAGCUAAACCUUUUCUUCUUUUCUUUGCUACAUGCCUUCUUUUAGCCUUUUCAGAAAGCUUUUUGGAUGAUGUGUGGUGACAAAUGUGCUGAGCCUGCAGGUCAGGUGGGUGAAUAGAGUAUGGUAUUAUGGAUCUGGGAUAUGGUCAGUGUAUUGCCUCUGCUUGCAUGAGUGCUUUGACUCCAUCUUGUGGUAAGACUCUAACCUCAAUCAGUUGAUUGAUCUAAUCAGGGGAUCAAUCUAAGAGUGCUGUGCCAUCACACCGGUGGAGCCCUGAGGGACAACAGGAAUCUCAGGUAAUCCAAAAAUUAAAUGGAUGAAGACAUUGGAAGAGUUAUCUUAAUGUGCUCUUUUUCUUUUUCAUUUUGAUUUUUAUCCUCCAAACUGUUUUAAACCAAAUCAGGAUUUGUUAUUUAUACCUUUUUAUAUUAGCCAAAUAAGCGUAGGACAAUAUAUCAUAUUAUCUCUUUGUCUUUGUUAUACUGAUUGUUGCUGUUGAGUAUUUCUUAUAGUCCAUCCAUUUCAAGUCUUUCUUAAUCCUCAUCUCAGUCAGUGAAGCUAGAAUAGUUGCAUAAUUAUCAUUAUUAUUAUUUUUUUAACGUUUGAAAAAACGCUAAAAUUAAUGUGAUCAAAAAUGCAUUGGCAGACAUGCUGCAAGCACCUUCUCUUCUAGUGGAAUAAGCUAAAGCUUAUGCUCAUGUAAGUUUGUAUGACUGCAAUGCUGCACUUCAAAGUGGAUCUCACUUUAGAAAACGGAGUGACAGACUGUACCUGCAUUAGACAUGUACAAUACCCAGUGAAUUAACACGUCUAUGGGUGCUUUCCUUCAAUAAUGUUCGCACUAUAUAGAGAACUGUUAUUUGUCAAAGAGAAAAUAUAGAUAGCUGAUUGAAACUCUGCAUUACUUAGCUACCCUGUAUUUACUGGCCAUAGGCCUCAGGAGAUACUCCUAAAUGUUCAUGAAAUGGACGAAAAUGUUCUCAAAUGUUUGUGUUCCAAUGGCGUCCCACGGGAUGCUACCAUGUUACCUCCUAAUGCCAAAGCUAUGCCAAGGUAGAGCUGAACUACAAAGUGAACUGCUUACGGGAAAGGAUAUGACACAGUCACAACACUAUAGAUACUCAGUAAAUCGCUGUUUAUUUGCUCAGUACAACACUAGCCAACUUUAGCUUACCUCAGAAUAACUCUUGUGUCAUGAAUGUGUUACAGGCUAACUGUCACAGAACUGUCAGUUGCCAUUAUUGUGACUGUUGAUUAUAAUGACAGUGUUAUGUAGCAUUAAUGACGAUGGGGUUUGCCCUGCAUUGUUAAUGUAUACUCACCUCAGACAGUUCUCUUGUCCAGUUUUGGAUAGGAACCCCAAAACUGCACGCUGUUUCUGACUAUUAUGCUCCUCUCUAUCUGCUUUUAUCUGAAAACAAAAACAAUAAUAAAACUGUAAACAACUA